AUGGGAGGGGAGAAGCAGGAAGGCUGCGAAGAUGGGGCGACGCAGGACCGGGCGGAGCGGUGGAAGGAACGGGGGCGCGAGCUGCGAGGGGCGGGGGGAGGAGGAAGGGGCAGGGAAGAGGCAAAUAGGGGCAGGGGACGAGAGGGGGGCGCAAGGCGGCCGAGGGGGCAGGGAAGGGAGGCCGAGAAAGGGGGAGGGGGGGGACGCAAGGAAGCAGCGAGGGAGGAAGGGACCGGCAAAGGAGGAGGAAAGAAAGAGGACAAGAGGGGGCGCAAAAGGAGCGGCGCGCGAGGAAGGAGGCCCAGGGAAAGCAAAGGGGAGAGGCACAGUGGGGAGAAGGAAGGGGGGAAGAAGGGCGAAAAGAAAGAAGCGAGGGCGCACGGCACGAUGCGAGGAGGAAAAAGAGGGCAAGAGGGAAAGGACGGAAGGGGGCCGCGAGGAACACCAGAAGAGGACGGAAAGAACAAGCCCCAGAGAACGAAUAAGGGGAACAAAAAUCACAAAAGGCGGGAGUACGACAGGGAAAGCACCAAAGGCAAGAAAAAGCAGGAGAGGGGAAAGCAGGGGAAAAGGAAAAAGCAGGAGAGGAGGAAAGAGGGGAGAAGUGACGCGAUCGGCGUCGGGGCGGGCAGAAAAGGAGAGAGGGGGAGAAGGGGGGAAGAGAGGGACCAGGGGGGGGGGGAGCGCAAGAGGGAGGCGGGCAGCGGGAGCCACCAGGCAGGCGGGCAGACAGAGCCAAAAAACGACGGCGGGGAGGAAAACGCCGCGCGCCGCGGAAAAAAAAAAAGGCAGGGGGGAGGCCGGAGGAAACAACAGGAGGGGGCAGGCAGGAGGGAGGAGGCAGGGAGGAUGGGGAAGGAGAGGGCAGCGAGGCGGGAAGGAGAGCGGCAGCGAGGCGGAAAGGGGAGGGCAGAAGAGGCGGCGAAGGAGUGA